AUCGAUCAAUCCUCCUCCUCCUCUCUCUCUCUCUCUCUCUCUCUCUCUCUAUUCUGGUUUUGCUUUCUCUCUCCGCAAUUUUCUACAACUGCCAGCCAUCUCUGACCCCAUAUGCACAUCCCCCAUCAUAUCCUGGCAUCCUUUUUUCUUCUCUCCCCUUCAUUCCUCUGCUCCCGUCGGCUGUCUCUCUCUCCUCUUUCUAGCUGUUCCCUGGCCUGUUGCUUCCUGUGUUGAUUGAAGGAAAUCAGCAGGAAGCACAGAGAGAGAGAAAGAGGAAGGGGGAAACGCAAACAAAGAGGUGAGAGAUCAGAGGAAGAAUGGCGUUUGCAGGGACAACACAGAAAUGCAUGGCCUGCGAUAAAACGGUGUACUUGGUGGACAAGCUCACCGCCGACAACCGAAUCUAUCACAAGGCUUGCUUUCGAUGCCACCAUUGCAAAGGAACUUUAAAGUUGGGAAAUUACAAUUCAUUUGAUGGAGUUCUAUACUGUAGGCCUCACUUCGAUCAGAUCUUUAAGAGAACUGGCAGCCUUGAAAAAAGCUUUGAAGGUACCCCAAAGAUUGUCAAACCAGAGAAACAUGUUGAUAGCGAGAAACCUAUGAGUAGUAAGGCAUCAAUUGCUUUUGCUGGGACCAGAGAGAAAUGUGUUGGGUGCAACAAGACUGUCUAUCCAAUUGAAAGAGUGACCGUUAAUGGAACUCCUUAUCACAAGAGCUGCUUCAAGUGCACUUAUGGCGGUUGUGUUAUCAGCCCUUCUAACUACAUAGCACAUGAAGGGAAGCUCUACUGUAAGCACCACCACAAUCAACUCAUCAAGGAGAAAGGCAACUUGAGUCAGCUGGAGAAUGAUCAUGGUAAGAUGGUUGUGGAAACCUCGGUCGGUGCAACAGCUACUGAAGCAUAAAUAUAUUUUAUAGAUGCUUUAAGUCAACUUCAUCUUGUAUUUCUUUUAGUAUGAUGUGCUUUAAUUUCUUCUUUGAUCUUCUCCCUUGAAGAUUGUGAGUUGUAUAACUACAGUUUUAAUUUGCAUGAUUUUAUUAAAUGAAAUCUGUGUGCUUGUGGCCAAGGGAUCCAGAGUUGGGUUCCUUAACCUACUAUGUUUCCUCUGAAAAGAAGAAUGUAUUCGGAUUUAUUAUGAGUUUGAAUUUACCAAUAAAGUGUUCUCAGAA